UGCUGUUAAUUAUCUAUAUAAGCAGCCUUGGAUUGUCUUUUCUUUCUGCACCUCAAAUCUUCUGCACAUAACUAAUCUUCUUCUUCUCCAUUUCUUACUUGUCGAAUCUUGAACAAAAAUGGCAUCCCAUAAUUUUCUUUUCUUCGCAGUCUUGAUUGCAAUUUGUGCAGUUGUUUUGGCAUCUGACUCCAGCCCUCUUCAAGAUUUUUGCGUUGCCGACCCCAACGGCCCAGUGCUGGUAAAUGGGCAUGCAUGCAAGGAUCCAAAACUUGUACGGGCAAAUGAUUUCUUCUUUAGUGGACUUCAUUUACCAGGCAACACAUCAAAUGCAGUAGGAUCAAGGGUGACUCCUGCAACUGUGGCUCAAAUUCCAGGACUCAACACUCUUGGAAUUUCCUUAGUUCGCAUAGACUAUGCACCGUGGGGCAUUAACCCUCCUCACACGCAUCCUCGAGCAACUGAAAUUUUGACAGUAAUUGAAGGCACUCUUGAAGUGGGAUUUGUCACUUCCAACCCUGAAAAUCGACUCAUCACAAAAAAACUCAUAAAGGGUGAUGUUUUUGUUUUUCCGGUAGGGCUUGUCCAUUUCCAACGUAAUGUUGGAUAUACAAAUGCUGUUGCCAUUGCAGCUCUUAGCAGCCAAAACCCUGGUGUUAUUACAAUUGCAAAUGCUGUUUUUGGAUCGACACCUGCGAUUCCCAAUGAUCUUCUUGCCAAGUCAUUUCAAGUUGAUAUUAAGACAAUUGAUUGGAUUCAGUCCAAGUUCUGAGCAGCUUGUCGGAAUUCUAUAAUGUCUGAAAAAAUUAAUGAUGUUGACCAAGUUUUGUCUUUGAAGUUUGUUAAGAAAUUGUUUUUUAAUUGAAAUGCCUUGGACUUUUGUUUAGUUUGAUUCAUUGAAAUAUUGUUUGGAUUGUUUGGAUUG